AUGCCCGCUGGCAUGUUCAGCAUCGACAGUAUCCUGGCCGGCAGAGCUGGCAGAGCUGGCCGAAGCGCCCGGGCAGCCUGUAAGGACUCUCUGGUGCUCAGUGCGGAUGAAGGGCCGCUCCUCUUCCCCGGGUUGUCGGAUUCACUGGCGGCCGCGGCUCCUGAUUACAGCGGAGUGUACUCAGCCCGGAUACCGGCCUACACCUCCUACUGCUACGGCGCGAGCGCGGCACCGAGCUGCUGCCCGGGAUCCUUACCGAGUCAGUGCCCGUGCAUGCCAACAGUGUACGACAGUCCUGGCUCGCUGCUGAUGUCCCCUGUUCCUCCUCCCCACAUGAUGUCCUACAUGUCCAUGUCCCCUCUGGCCCCUCUGACCCCCCUGAGCUCCGUGUCGCGCGCGGAGCUUCAGCUCCUCAACCAGCUGCACUGCAGGAGGAAGCGGCGGCACCGCACCAUCUUCACCGAUGAACAGCUCGAAGCCCUCGAGGGCCUUUUUCAGGAGACUAAAUACCCGGAUGUUGGCACGAGGGAACAGCUGGCCCGAAAAGUGCACCUGCGUGAGGAGAAGGUGGAGGUUUGGUUUAAGAACAGAAGAGCGAAAUGGAGGAGACAGAAAAGAUCUUCAUCCGAGGAAUCCGAGAGCGCACAGAGCAAGUGGAACAAAACCGGCAAAAGCGGCGCCGCAGAGAAAACAGAGGAGAGCAAGAGCGACGCGGACUCGGACAGCUGAUACCAACACACACACACACACACACACACACAUCCAUUUAUCAUGUGUUAAUAUCACCCCGAUCGGACUUGUACAGAAUGUAAAAUGUGUGAAACUGAAGUGUAAUGUUCUCAUGCUGUUGCACAGAUGUACAUGAA